AUGUUGCGAUACGAUACAACGGUGUCUACCGAGGUCACCGGUCUAUCAUUCGAGCUCCUGUCAGCGGAUACAAUACGGCAUCUCUCUGUGUCGGAGAUUAACAACGCUGCUCGGCAUGGUGCCGAAUGUGCCGAGAGCUCGUGCAUCCACGACUCCUCCCUCGGACCAAGCGACAUCUGCAACAUUUGCUCGACAUGUCACGAGAUAUCGGCGUGCGAUGGCCAUAUGGGCCACAUCAACUUCCCCAUCCCGCUCUACCAUCCGCUGCUACUGCCGAGGGUCUCGAAGCUGCUCAAGGCCACGUGUCUGUACUGCCGGCGGCUGAAGAUGGCGCGCCACAGGGUGGUCAAGUUCAUCAAGAUGUUCGACUUGAUGCAUGCUGGACUGAUAUCGGAUAUGCUACUCUUCGACGACUUAUGCCCGGACAGCGGCAAAAAUUACAAACUGGACGUGUCACAGGUGAAGCGUUCAGGAAGUGCAGCGGACAAUAAAUCGGCCGAUUCUGCCGACAGCAAGACCGCAGAAGAUGGUGGCUCCGGCAAAGAGAGCUUAAAGCAAAAAUACAUCAGUGGCAUCAUGAACAAGUUACGUGCUCACAAGAAGGCUGCGUCUUUGAGCCGUGAUACGUCGGCAUCCGACAUGGACUCCAAACGCAAAUUAGCCGGCGAAUCGCAGGAAGGCGUUGACUCGGCUGUUGGCACGGAUAAAUUGGGUUCAAAACUUGAGCAUGCGGCACCAUCGAAGAAGGCCAAGUCCAUUGUUGCCCCGCUAAACACCGGAAAGGGUGGCCGAUCGCGCCACUUCGACGUGACCAUGUGGAAUGAUUUGCGCAACCGUUUCGUGGCAGAAGCAGCCAGUGUUGUGCAGUGCCCGCAUUGUGAGAGACGGGACAUGUUUUACAUUCGACCGUCGACUGACAUGAGUUGUAUCGACGUCUCCUGGCCACAGGACAUAGAUGGCCCACCAAUCAUGGAUCAUCUGACCAGUUACAAUUUUGACUUCGAGAAUGACACAAAUGAUGCCGCUACGGCAUCGCAGGAUUCAGUAACGGCUGGAAAGCAAGGCGUCGACCUCCCAGUUAUGAAUCGUCUGAGCGCAACUGGACGUUCUGUGCGCCAAUUGCAGUUGCAGGCAUUCCACAUUGUGCCGUAUAUGAGGGAGAUCUUUAAGCAAAACCAUGUGGUGCUAGGGCAUGUGUUCCCACAGUCACGCAAACUCGGUUGGAGGAUGUUUAUGAUGUUUUGCAUGGGGGUGUCUGCUAACAGGUUCAGGCCUGUGUUGGUAACUGCUGAUCGACAGCUGGCGUUACAUGCCCGAUCGCAAGCGUUGCUCGAUAUUUUGGUGGCUAAGCAGGUGCUAGGGCUGCUCCUCAAAAUCGAGAAUGACGCCAAUUUGAAUCGUUUCAUGACUGAUGCGGACUUCGUCGUUAGCUUGUUGGGAAACCUAGACAGCCGCCAGCUGCAGAGCUUCCGUGAAUUUGUAGCGGACUGCGGAUCGGAUUUCAACAGUGCUGUGCUAGGAAGCAUACACGCGUUGCAGAAAAAGGUUUCUGCAUACGCUGAUAGCAGCAAGAUCACUAACACGAUGAAUGCCAAGGUGGCACAGAGGCCAGGUAUUAAGCAGAGCCUAGAGCACAAGGAAGGUGCGGUGCGCCAGAACAUGUUGGGAAAGCGUGUGAACUAUGCGGCUCGUACAGUUAUCGCCCCAGACUGUUUUUUGGAUUCUAACCAAAUGGGUAUCCCGUUGCUUUUUGCCACCGAGUUGACCAUUCCGGAAAACGUUACUUCGUACAACGUCCACCUGCUUCGAAGGCUGUUGGUAAAUGGACCAAAGGUCUAUCCGGGAGCCAACUUCUACCGCGAUGAACACGGGAAGCUCUAUAAUCUGGGCGCGUUGUCAUUCAACGAACGCAAGGCAAAAGCGAAACUGCUGUUGACUGACAGUUCCGAUGGCAGACUGCCACGUGUGGUCUAUAGGCACGUAUUGGAUGGUGAUGUCGUGUUGAUGAACCGUCAGCCCACCCUCCACAAGCCGGGUAUUAUGGCUCACUUCGUGAAGGUGCUCACGAACGAAAAGAUUUUCCGGCUGAACUACGUGAACUGCAAUACCUACAAUGCAGAUUUCGAUGGUGACGAAAUGAACUUGCACCUUCCACAGGACCCUCUUGCUCAAUCGGAAGCGCAGUUGAUUGCGAAUGCUGACUGCCAGUUCACUGUUCCUAAGGACGGUCAGCCAAUCAGGGGUCUCAUCCAGGAUCAUUGUCUGGGAGGCGCCUAUCUGACGUGUAGGGACACAUUUCUCACCCGCGACCAGUACUUCAACUUGGUGUAUGUGGCAGUGCAAGCCUUUUUCAAGUGGCAUCGAACGAUAUAUAUCAAACCUGAGGAAGGACGCAAACCUGCGCGUGAUGGUCUGAACAUUGACGUGCAUCUGCAUCAGGUGACACGCCGUUUGAAGGUAUUGAGCGACCCGUAUGCGCGCCGUUGUGCCAACAGCAAUGCAGAGAUCCACAUAGAGGAACCAGCGAUACUGUUUCCGCAACGUUUGUGGACUGGUAAACAGGUAAUCACAAGCUUGCUGAAGACGUUGGUUGACGGUAUCGCCAAGGGAUUGCACCGCACGGACUUGAACUUCCUGCAGAAAUACAAAGGCAUCAACUUGGUAUCGAAGUCCAAAACGCCGGGUGAUGCAUGGGGUGGAGUAUUCGACGGUAACCGGGAGGAAAGCACCAUUAUAAUUCGCCAAUCUGAACUCUUACAGGGUGUUUUGGAUAAGUCCCAAUUCGGUGCCACACCCUACGGAUUAACGCAUCUCGUUUACGAAUUACUUGGUCCUCGUGCUUCCGGAUGUCUUUUGAACGCCUUUUCGUAUUUGUUCACGUCGUACCUGCAGAUGUAUGGCGCCACGUGCAGUCCCAUGGACUUCAUAUUGACAAGGGAUGCGGAGAGCCACCGUGCCCGUAUCUUGCGCCGCAUCAAGCAUUGCGGCAUCCACCUGCAAGAGCUGUUCAUCUCAGCGAUUUCGAACAAAAACGGCGAUGGAGCGGAUUCAAAAGCCACUGACGAAUCGAAAGAUGAUUCAUCUACAUCAGAGGCGCUAGCGGUUUUCAAGAGUAUGAUAGCUGAGCUCCAGGAAUUCCCGUUGUUGCAAUCUAAAUUGCGCAGCAUGCCUCACGAAACACCCGAUGACAUGUCUGCAAUUUUGAUGGUUCUCUUGGAUUAUUUGAGCGGACAGAAAAUAAAGUCUGAGCAUCAGCGCAAGCUUACAGGCAUCCUAUCCAACACCAUUGAAGCACUUUGCAGUUUGAAAAGCUUACGCGGGUUUAUUCUGGGGAAGCUCCCUGGUCUUGCAGAAGCGAAGGGUAAGCCUACACCCCACAAUGAUGAGAAGGUAAUCAAACAUUUUCCAUCGUGGCACAAGCCCUACGAUGGGGACAGUGGUACCUCCAGAGCAGCCGAUGACAGGAGCUACAGGCUCUCCGACUUUAACGAAACAUGCUCGUCUAUGUACCAGUUGAUCAACGAAAAGUUCAAGGGCAACGAGUAUGAUUUCUAUCGCAUGUUUGACCGCUUUUUCCAGGGUAACAUCACAGGGGCAUCCAACGAAGCAAGCUCUGUUGUGGACCGCACCCUUUUGAAGUUCCCACGAAACGGUUUUGCCGGUAUGGUCUCCACUGGUGCCAAAGGUAGCAAAGUCAACUUCAGUAUGAUUUGCAGUCUGCUGGCACAGCAGACACUGGAAGGCAGGCGUGUCCCCGUCAUGCCUUCGGUGAGGACGCUUCCGUCGUUUGCCUUCGGGGAUCUGGGUUCCCGGGCCGGUGGUUUCAUUACGGACAGGUUCUUGACAGGGCUGCGCCCUCAGGAGUAUUUUUUCCAUUGCAUGUCUGGGCGUGAAGGUUUGGUCGACACCUGUGUGAAGACUGCCAAGUCCGGUUAUUUGCAGAGGUGCAUUCUGAAAUCUAUGGAGGAUGUGAUCUGCUGCUACGAUUCAACCGUACGCAGUGCGGAUGGCACUAUCAUCCAAUUCGCUUACGGUGAGGAUGGUAUCGACGUGCAGAAGUCUGCGUAUAUAGACCGCCCAGACGACAUCAUCAACAACGCUCCACUGAUCAAGGUUGAGCAGCAGGAUGAACCCCCGUUGAAGUUUGAAAAGCUUGUUUCAAGUUUCAUGGACAGCAAAUACACGGCUCCAGAAACGCACGCGACGCUGUACCAACACUACAAGCGUUCCCAUUGCGAGCCAGGAGAAGCUGUGGGAUGCGUGGCAGGGCAGUCGAUUGGUGAACCCGCCACCCAGAUGACUCUGAACACCUUCCAUCUUGCUGGCCACGGUGCUACCAACGUCACGUUGGGUAUCCCUCGUCUCGUUGAAAUUUUGCAGACCACGGGCAAUGCCUCCACUCCGUAUUUCUCCGCUCCUCUUUUGGGUGACACCGACGAGGAGAUGGCGCAAAAUGCGCAGUUGGCCAUAAACUCGCUGCGAACGGUGCCACUUACUGACGUCAUCCAUUCGGUGGCUGUUGAAGAGGGAGUGUAUGUGGAUGCUAACGGCACGAAAUUUUACGAAUAUGAGGCCAGCGUCCAGUUUGAAAACUUGGCAGCCUUCCAGCGCGCUGUGGAGUCUAUCCGCGCCUUCGACAUCCUGCGGAUGACGGCACAUUGCUUGCUCAACGGUUUCCUGAAAAAGGUGACGGGUCUAAUGAUUGUCACAAUGGACAGCAAUGUGCCAUACGAGAUAACGGACAACACAGAUUACUUGCACGACUGCUGGCGGAGACUGGUGUUACAGGAGCAGGCGCACAAAAAGGACAAGCUCUCUGAACGCAUAAGAAAAAUGGCUUUGAACACGGGAGGGUCCAGUAGUGCUGGACUUGGUGGCUCAUCUGCGCGCAUGGCUAUGUACGCUGGGGAGGGAAUAGAAAAUGUAGGCACAAGCAAGAAAAGAUCGGAUGAUGACGACAAAGAUGGAGUAGGCGAGUCACAGUAUGACGACGCUAAUGAGGAUGCUUCCGCCGCAGCAGGGGAGGCCGCCGAUGACGACUCCGAUCAAGAGAAAAAUAGUGACCACGAGGACUCCGAUCCCGAAUCCCAGGAUGAAGCCGAAGUAGAUGGCGCGAAUGCGGACGACGAAUCCGACAGUUCUGAUGACGAUGAUGAAUCAUCGGCGUCGCUCCCCGAUGUUGGAGAUACAGUAGUCAACGUCCCUCGUGACGGGGAAGUUAACACCCCUAAGGCUUCCAAGAGUAGCGCACGCACAAAGGGUGUCGCAAACACGAAGCCUGCGGAACUGCGUAGUGAUGCAUCGACAGGGGUGGAGUCAUAUCGUGGUUUUGAGAGCGAUAUCAAGGUGGGCAAGCAAAGCAUUACCUCCCUUAAUGCCAAGGUAUUCCAGUUCGCAAAAUCGCUUCGUUACUGCCAGGACACUGGGAGGAUGGUGCUUAAGUUCGGAUGGCCGUUCCGCAAGUGCCCGUACCAACUGAAUUUGUUGCCUCUGCUGCAACAGGAAAUAUCCGCUCAGAUUCUGAGGAACUCCCCUGGGGUGAGGCAGGCCCGUGUGGUAUGCAAUACCCAGAACGGCCGCGAGGUGUACAACCUACACUGCGACGGCAACAAUCUGCAGCGCCUAUUCUUACUGAAGGACAACCUCGUUGACUUCAACCGAAUCCAGGUCAACGACAUCGGCACCGUGCUGCGCUACUACGGAGUGGAGGCUGCCCGCGCCUGUAUCGUAUCGGAGCUCCAGAAGGUCUUCUCAGUAUACGGUAUCAAUGUGGACUACCGGCACCUUUCGUUGAUUGCCGACUUUAUGACUAACAAGGGCGACAUCCGUACCUUCAACCGUUACGGUAUGGCGCGUCACUGUUCGCCGCUUCUGCAGAUGUCUUUCGAGUCUACGAUGAAAUUCAUCAUGGAUGCUUGCGAGCGCGGCGGCUAUGAUAACCUGGGAACACCGGCCGGAUCUAUUAUCGCUGGGCGUCCGAUUAUGCUUGGCGGCGGACUGUGCAAGGUGCUCCCGCGGAUCGACUUGCGAGCUCGUGCUGACUCCGUAUCGCGCUCACUUUCCAGCGCAUAUGACUACCAAAUAUCCGCUUCUCGCCGUUUGGGUGUUAAUUCCUUCGUUCUAGAAGGAUAG